AUGUCAGAAGAUCGUUUAGAUGUGGAGGUGGCCAUCGUUGGGGCCGGGAUCGCGGGGCUGGCCGCAGCACUGGCGAUGAAGAAGGUCGGGAUCAAAAGUAUUGUGGUGGUCGAGAGUGCCGCCGGUCUCCGGUCAACCGGCGCCGCUCUCGGCCUCUUCCCCAAUGCCUGGAGGGCUCUCGACGUCCUCGGCAUCGCCCACAAGCUCAUUCCGCUCUAUCCGCCACUUCGAAAGUACUCGUUUCUCUCUCUCUCUCUCUCUCUCCACCCCCUUUCCCCCAUCUCACUCUCUCACUCGCUUACGAUGGUACUCAUCUGAAUUGUGAUAUUAUGCAGGUUUCGAGUAACCCACACGAGCACCGGAGAAACGCAGGAAGUAUCCUUAGAUGGAGCACCAGUCUUGUAAGGCCAAGCUUGUUCCCUAUGUUCUCCGACUAUCGCGGAUUUAUUGACUAACGUCUCUGUUGGAUGCUUUUCCUGCAGGAGGGGAAUGGAAGUGAGAGUGGUGCACCGCAGGGCUCUGUUGGAGAGUCUCGCAGAAGAACUGCCGCCAGGCACAAUCCGGUUUUCCUCUAAACUCACUUCAAUCACAAGACAGAAACCAACGGAUGCAUCCUCCGGGGUCAUCCUCGACCUCGAGGACGGGACUGUCAUUAGAGCUAAGGUGAGCUCCGGAUGUGCUACUCUUCUCGAAUUGUCUUGGACUAUUCGACCUAAUUCUUCGAAUGUCGAGCUAUCUGCGCGUGCGUAUCUUGAGCUGUUGAUGGGGAUGUCAGGCCUUGAUUGGCUGUGAUGGAGUGCAUUCGGCGGUGGCAAGGUGGCUGGGUCUCUCCACUCCGAUAGACUCCGGUCGAGGUGCUGUCCGAGGGCUUUCCGUGUACCCAGAUGGUCAUGGAUUCAGCAGCGGAUCCCAGCAGUUUCUCGGCAAGAAUGAGAGAACGGGGUUCUUUCCCAUGAAUGACAAGGAGAUCUACUGGUUCAUCACCAGGAGGUCCAACCCAAGUGGUGAGAUUCUAGUCCCUCGAUUCCUUUGAUAUCAUUGGGUCCCAGGCGAGUAGUUCAAUAUACUGAUUUUGCUUCUGUACGUCCUCUCAGACAAAGACAUGGCGAAAGAGCCUGAUUUAAUACUCAAGAAUGUCACAGAGACGAUGGCAAAGGGCUUCCCCCCAGCGUUCCGCGAUGUUGUUAACCAUUCCGAGUUAUCCACAGUUUCAUGGGCUCCCCUCAAGUUCAGGCUCCCAUGGGACGUUGUCGUCGGCCCCACGCACCGGGGCAGUGUCGCCGUUGCCGGCGACGCCAUGCACCCGAUGACUCCCGACCUUGGGCAAGGCGGGUGUGCCGCCCUUGAGGACGCUGUCGUCCUCGGCAGGAACAUUGCCGCUACCCUUCACAUCGAUGGGAGCGUCGAUGCAGAGAAAGUUGAGAGGUGUCUCGACGACUUCGUGAGGGAGAGACGGUGGCGCGCCGCCGGAUUGAUUGCGGGGGCGUAUGUCUCAGGUCGGAUUCAGCAGGGUGGCUCAGGAUGGUGGGAAUCUGCAGUCAAGUUCAUCAGGGACGGCGCCUUCUACAGGUAUAUGUUCCCCAGGAUCGUAUCGUCUGUCGUGGGCUACGAUUGUGGGCCUCUGCCGAUAACGUUGGUUCCCGCUUGA